AUGGCAGCCUCCGAGACUGUUAGGCUACGGCUCCGAUUUGAUUACCCGCCGCCAGCCACCCCGCACUGCAUGGACUUCUGGCUUCUGGUCGACUUGAACCGGUGCCGGGUAGUCACGGAUCUCAUUAGUCUCAUCCGCCAGCGCUUCGGCUUCAGUUCCGGGGCCCUCCUCAGCCUCUACUUGGAGGGGGGGCUCCUGCCGCACGGCGAGAGCGCGCGCCUGGUCCGCGACAACGAUUGCCUCAGAGUUAAAUUAGAAGAGAGAGAAGUCGCUGAGAAUCCUGUAAUAGUCAGUAACGGUGAUAGUACUCAUUUCUUACCUAGAAAAGCAAAGAAGCGGUCACUUAAGUUGGAGGAGGAUGAAGAAACUGGUGACAGAAAUUCAAAGAAGCAUUGGAAGAGGCGAGAGGACAACAAAGACGAGAACGCUUUGGAUCCAGAGCCAAAAGCUGUCACAGAUCAGAAUGGGAGGGGGAAAAACAAAAGGAAAUACAAAGCCACACCUGAUGUAGUAGAUGAGGAUGACAAAGAGACCAAGAGAAAAUCGCCAAAGAAACGUACAUAUAGAAAACGGACGCAGAACCCCAGGUCUAAAGCACAGACAGUGAAAGAGCGGACAGCGCAGAAGUGUAGUCCUCCGAAAGGUUCUCCUGCUCGAAGCAGCCUUGUGAAACCCAAGAGGAAAGGUGGCGUCGACGAGAGGAAAGGUGGCGUCGACGUCCCUACAAAAGAUAGUCGUCCCAGUUCCUCCUCAGAGUCUGAGUCUUGUCAUGAUUCAUCCAGCGAACUUUUGAGCAAUGUCAUCUUGGAGGUCAGAAAGUCCUCAGAGAAAGUAUCGACUGCAUUAUCAAAGGAAGGGCCCUCUGUAAAAAACACAACUACAAACAAAGUAGCUACAACAAUUGCCUUCAACUCUGCCACCGUCGAGGACAAGACAACCAGAGCCUCGGACUCCAGCUCAGGCUCCAGUUCAGAUUCAGAUGACCUUAGCGACGCGUCCAAGAGCUCCCUGGAGAAGACAGCGGGGCUCUUGAAGCCAGGGGGCCUGCUUGCAGGCCGGGGUCGUCCGGGGCCGGGCCCUGCAGCACAGACUCUGAACGCUCCUGGAUGCAAGAACUCUGACUCAAAUGGUGGCAGACAGAGCCCUCCGGGUCCUCCCAGCGCGACUGUUCCUACCAGUUUGGGAAGAGGUUGGGGUAGAGGAGAGGACCUUCUUUCUUGGAAGGGAAUUCGGGGUCGGGGCAUGCGGGGAAGAGGUCGAGGACGAGGACUUGCUGUUCCCCUUGUUUUGAAUAAAGCUGAAUAUGAGAAGCAGCAGCAUUUAAAUGAGACAGUAACAAACUCUUCUACUAUCAUCCAGAAUCCAGUACGGACACAAAAGGACUACAGUCUGUUACCACUCUUAGCAGCUGCCCCCCAGGUUGGAGAAAAGAUUGCAUUUAAGCUUUUGGAAUUAACAUCCGAUUAUUCUCCUGAUAUCUCUGACUACAAGGAAGGAAAAAUCUUGAGCCAUAAUCCAGAGACCCAGCAAGUAGAUAUAGAAAUCCUUUCAUCCAGACAUGUUUCAUCCAUGAAAGAACCCGGGAAAUUCGAUUUAGUUUAUCACAAUGAAAAUGGGUCUGAGGUCGUGGAAUACGCCGUGACACAGGAGAGAAAGAUCACUGUUUUUUGGAGACAGUUGAUUGAUCCAAGACUGAUAAUUGAAUCUUCGGUAACAACACAUCAAGCACAGAGCUUGCCUGA